CCAUCCAUGAUUCCCAGCCUGCGACAUGGACCUCGACGGCUCUGGCAACGAUGGUGUGUUUUGGAUAGACACCGCUUCUGCAACGAUGCAGAUGUCACAGAGCAUGUUCGUGUCACACAGGAGGAGAUUGCACGGUAUGCUGCUGGCAUCAGCAACCUCACCAUGUUUAAACGACCUGGAUCUGAGCCCUUCGAGAAGCAGCGGAUCUCUGGAUUGAACUCGCGGCGCAUGGACCAAGUGGGCCUCAAGCGGUUUGAGCCGUGCCCUGCAGGCUACACUUUCGUAGAUGCUGACGUCGGUGGUGGAGCCUUUGCGCGUGUUUUCCUUGUGCGCAACGAAGCCACCCAAGACCUGCAAGCCAUGAAACGAGUUGAUCGAGUGAAGCUCAGUAAGCAUUUCCAGAUCUCUGAUGCAGAAGCCGAGCAGAUGGUGGAGCAAGAGUUCUGGCAGAUGCAGCGAACAAAUCACCCUCAUAUCAUCAAGCUUUUUGACUUCUUUCAGGAUGAGCGCUAUGCGUACUUCAUUAUGGAGUCUGUCAAUGGUGGCACGCUGCGCCAACUCUUGACAACCCUCCACAGUGACAAAGGCUCGCGUAUCAGUGAAGGAUAUGUGGCUGAACUGUUGCACCAAGCGCUAUACGCACUGAGACAUUUGCACUUUGAAUCUCGCAUCCACAAAGAUGUGAAACUGGAAAACUUGAUGCUUUUGGCUCCGAGUGGCCCACCUCACUUGGUCUUGAUCGACUUGGGCGUGGCGGAGACCCUCCAGCCUCAGCAAGGUGAAGCGGGCCCAAUGCCUGCCGGCACACCUCAGACCAUGGCGCCUGAGGUCAUCGACUGUAUGCUGGGUAAGAGGGCCAGUUUCGACGACAAAUGCGACGUGUUCAGUUUGGGCAUUGUGGCGCAUCAGCUGUUCACAGGGGAAGUGCCAUACAAAGUGGCUUACACUGGCGGAAAGUCUUAUGGCCCUGUGGACUACGAGAAAACACGCGCCAAUAUGGAGGAAGCCGAGCUCACGGGGCAACUGAAGGUCUCUGAAGGCGCUUUGGAUUUCAUCAAACGGAUGUUGCAGCUGGAUCCUGAGAAGCGGCCGAGCAGCCUGGAGUGUUUAGAGCACCCCUGGUUGGUGAACUGCUGCGAGCGUCGGCGGAUCCGCAGACUUCGAGCAGAGGGGCGCACCUCCUUGGGAGGUGCUUCCUUGUCGAUCGAGGCUGACCAAGCUGCAGGAGAAGAGUUGUUGUGGAUGGAGAGGCGGCGAGUUUGUAAAGCACUGGUGCGUUUUGCAAAGCGGACCCCUUUGCAGCGGGCUGUGGCCUACCACCUGGCUGCCUACCUCCCUGUGGGUGACUUGCGGAGAGCUGCUGACAGCUUCAAGCGAGUGGACCAGGCUAAGAGUGGCCACAUCUCUUAUGAUGAGAUUGCGAAAGCAUUAGAGGAUGUCCUUGGAAUUGACCGUGAGAAUGGUUUGCUGGUGGCAGCUGCCAUGGACACGGAUCACACAAGUCGAUUAGAUUUCCAGGAGUUUUCAGCGGCCUUAGCAAUGGUCUCCGGCGACCGAGAGCAGCGCCUCUUUGAUAAGUUGCUGGCGAAGUUGCAGAUCUCUCCGGAGCAGGACCUGACGUUUGAGGAGGUCCAUGCAGCAGUGGAGCAGGCCAUGAAGCAAGAGGUCACGAGAGAAGAGCUGGUGCACUGGCUGGGCAAGGUGGCCAAGCGACAGCAGAAAGAACUUUACGACAAUCCGGCUGGCAUCGUGUCGAAUGCUGAUUUCCGAAAGCUCUUCGGACAGCGGAGCCUCAGAUCAGCUCAAAGUCGAUGAGGGUUGUCGGGUUGUGUGCAAGUAAUGAUCACGUAACGAUAGGUCGAGAUAUGCAGUUCAGUUAUUGAUGUUCAGUUAUAAUAUUGUUGUUGGUGCCAAUGGAGGACCCUGUCCUCGGCUGUCCCGCAGCCUGGCACGUCGGGUUCACAUCAAAGAAAUGUGUGAUGCAUGUACAGCAAAGCCUGACCAGGGUUCUACAAGUGGACCCAGGCUAUCCUAAUGAUCCUAAUUUUAGCUGGGCCAUAGGAGUCGUUUGCAAGUUGGAUUUAGAACUCGCACAAGAAUUGCGAUGCGCUUGCAGGUAAAGUGGGGGUUUAGCUUGGAACAGUUGCCGAUGCUCUUCCAGUCAUUGUUAAGUCCGAGAAAGACCGUCCGUGCCUGCUAUGCUCGCAAGUGGCAAAAGAACGUGAAAACCAAGUGGGGGAGCUGCAGCUAGUGACACUGUCAUUUUCCCUCCAAGAACAGUGACUGUUCUUUGUUUGUGAGUAGUGUUUCCAAGGCCGAGGGAAAGGUUUACUGUAUAUAAUUAGUAUGUUGUGUUCCUUCAAGAGCACAGGCCGUCAUGGUAAAGCCCAUUCACAUCCAUUCAAGAUCAUUCAAGC